AUGAGCUGGAUGAAUGCACCUCACAGCACAGGAACCUCUAUCAUGGCGUGCGAAUUCGAUGGAGGUGUUAUAAUCGGCGCUGAUUCUAGGACUACCACCGGUGCUUACAUUGCUAACAGAGUGACAGACAAACUGACAAGAAUCACUGAUCACAUCUAUUGCUGCCGUUCUGGUUCUGCUGCUGACACACAGGCCAUUGCUGAUAUUGUAACUUAUCACCUGAACUUCCACAAGAUGGAAUUGGGUGAACAGCCCUUAGUUCAGACAGCUGCUGCAAUUUUCAGAGAACUUUGUUACAAUUACCGUGAUUCUCUAGUUGCCGGUAUUCUGGUUGCCGGUUGGGAUAAAAAAAAUGGAGGUCAAAUCUACUCUGUACCCAUUGGAGGCAUGGUCCAACGUCAAGCAGUGUCUAUUGGUGGCUCUGGUUCUUCAUAUGUAUAUGGAUAUGUGGACGCUAACUUCAAACCUAAAAUGAGUAAGGAGGAAGCUAAGCAGUUUGUGACCAACACACUAACCCUGGCUAUGUUAAGAGAUGGCUCAUCUGGAGGUGUUGUGAGACUUGGUGUAAUUACUGAAGCUGGUGUUGAAAGAUCGGUGAUUUUGGGUGAUCAACUGCCGAAGUUCUAUGAAGGU